AUUUCCUUUAACACAUUGAUUACAUCGUUCAACAAAUAUGCCUAAAAAUCGCCAUUUACUACAGCACAACAAAAAAUCGGAACAACAAACAGAAAACGAUCCAGAAAAUGUUUCGAAAAUACGAGCCUCACGUUAUGGACGCCUUGCAAAACCCUCCCGAUUUCUACCCAAAACCGAAGUGGAUACCUUUCAAAUACGUAAAGCUCUUAAUGUUUAUAUGCGUGAGGAGUUGGAAGAAUUGGGUCGUAAGACUUAUUUUCAAAGAGUCUUCGUAUUGGCAAGGAAUAUCGAUGAGAAAAAACUCGAGGUGUUUUGUCGAAAUGCGAAUUUUUCUGUUGCCAAUAUACAGCAACCAGAUUUUCGGGAAUAUUUUCAACAUUAUUUGGAUGAAAUAUUUACAACUUGCGAAAGGAAAAGAAGUGCUACGGAUCAUUUGUCAGGUCUAAGUAUUGUCAUGGGCUCUAGUCAUACGUAUUUAAUGAUUGAGGGUGCUGAGGAAAUGAUAGCAAUAUUUUUCGAAGAAUUGGCGGCGUUUCAUGAUCGUAUAUGGGCAAGUUCGCGAGUAUUUUUGGUAGAGGACAAAAUUGGUGAGACCUAUUUUAAUUGCUUCUACAGCCGUCGUUCCCCGGCCAUUAAUAUUAAUGAAAAAUUUCCACCUUCAACUCCCAGAGAGUAUAAUCUAAUGGCGGUGCAGCAUUUGAAAAUAAAAGAAAAAGUUAUAGCAAUAGUUGAAACUUUGUCCAAACAAUUGAGAAAAACUGCCCCAGAUGCAAUAGAAACCCCUAAAGAAACUCCAGUUGAUUUAUUUAUGUUACCCCCUGAUCCCUUCAACAAACUAUUGCCUGAAAUACAACGUAUAGAUUUAGUGUUGGACGCCAAUAAAUUCUAUCAUACGGUUAAAGAUUUUGCUCUAACCUACAGAAUUAUACCGACACAUCAAGAUGAAGAGGCACUCUUUUGGCCCAUACAAAACAACUACACACCAUUGGACAUAUUUGAACGUUCUGCCUUUGAUGUCAAUCUAACAUUUGGCAAUUAUGGCAAAGAUGACAGUGAUAAGAAGCAGGAAAAUGGUUCUCAUGACAUGGAAGAAGAAUUACAAAAUAUUUAAUUAAUGUUAGAGAUUAUCGGCAAACAAGAUCUAUUUUUAUUAGAAUUUUGCAUAUUUUCUUGCCUUAACGAACUGUUUGGAAUUAUAAAAAUGUUUUUGUUGUUAUGUUUUUUUCUAUUAAAUUUAAUAAAACAAUUUCAAAUCCUAUUGUACA